ACUCUCCACUGGAGGGGUUUGGCACCAGCACCCCGCCCAGAGCCGUGCCGCUGCCCAAAUCCUCACAGGCAGCUCAUCAAAGCACUUGCAGCUCCGAGCACAGCUCUGGACCUGAAAGCCUGGGUGUCUGUAGGUCUGUCUGCCUGGCCAUCUGCGAGUGGCACCCCUCCCUCCCACCACCUCCCUCCUCAGCCCCACCUUGCAGACGCACAGGUCGCCCUCCACAGCCCCAGAGCUCAGCAUGCUUCCCCCAGGCUUCAGGAACUUCUUGCUGCUGGCGUCUUCCCUUCUCCUCGCUGGGCUGACAGCUGUUCCUCAAAGCUUCUCGCCAUCUCUGAGAAGCUGGUCCGGUGCUGCCUGCAGGCUGUCCAGGGCAGAGUCAGAGCGCCGCUGCCGUGCAUCCGGGCAGUCUCCGGGGAGCGCUCUGUGCCACGGGCGGGGCCGGUGUGACUGCGGAGUCUGCAUCUGUCACGUGACCGAGCCAGGCAUGUACUUCGGGCCCCUCUGUGAGUGCCACGAGUGGGUGUGCGAGACCUAUGACGGAAAGACCUGUGGAGGUACAUGUCACUGUGGUAGGUGUAAGUGUGAUAAUUCAGAUGGAAAUGGACUCGUUUAUGGUAAAUUUUGUGAGUGUGAUGACAGAGAAUGCAUAGAUGAUGAGACAGAAGAAAUAUGUGGAGGCCAUGGAAAGUGUUACUGUGGAAACUGUUACUGUGAGUCUGGUUGGCAUGGAGAUAAAUGCGAAUUCCAGUGUGACAUCACCCCCUGGGAGAGCAAGCGAAGAUGCACGUCUCCAGAUGGCAAAAUCUGCAGUAACCGAGGGAUUUGUGUGUGUGGUGAAUGUUCUUGCCACGAUGUUGACCCCACUGGGGACUGGGGAGAUAUUCAUGGAAAUACCUGUGAGUGUGAUGAGAGGGACUGUAGAGCUGUUUAUGACAGAUACUCUGAUGACUUCUGUUCAGGCCAUGGACAGUGUAAUUGUGGAAGAUGUGACUGCAAAGUAGGAUGGUCUGGGAAAAAGUGUGAACACCCACGUUCCUGCCCGCUGUCAGCCGAGGAGAGCAUCAAGAAGUGCCAAGGAAGCUCGACUCUGCCUUGCUCUGGAAGGGGUAAAUGUGAGUGUGGUAAAUGCACCUGCUACCCUCCAGGAGAUCGCAAGGUGUACGGCAAGACGUGCGAGUGUGACGAUCGUCACUGUGAAGAUCUCAAUGGUGUGGUCUGUGGAGGCCGUGGUACAUGUUCCUGUGGUCACUGCAUUUGUGAGAAAGGAUGGUUUGGGACCCUCUGCCAGCACCCGCAGAAGUGCAACAUGACGGAAGAACAAAGCAAGAGUUUGUGUGAGUCAGCAGAUGGCAUAUUGUGCUCGGGAAAGGGUUCUUGUCACUGUGGAAAGUGCAUUUGUUCUACCCAGGAAUGGUACAUUUCCGGGGAAUUCUGUGACUGUGAUGACAGGGACUGCGACAAGUAUGAUGGUCUUAUUUGUACAGGGAAUGGAAUAUGUAGCUGCGGAAACUGUGAAUGCUGGGAUGGAUGGAACGGAAAUGCUUGUGAAAUCUGGGUUGGCACAGACUAUCCUUAACGGUCACAUGGGAGAGGACUGGAUUCUUCAUUUCCGUAGACCAAUAGAACAUAUAAAUGCAAAGGAAGCCAUGUAUAAUCACCACUAGGACAGGUCAAACAGACUAUUGUAUGUUUUUCUAUUUCUGAAUGCCUGAAAGAGAUCUGGGUACCCAUUAGUAAUAAGCUAUGCAAACUCGGAUGCAAAUAACACUAGAGAGAAUUUCCCUCCCAUAAUUACAUCAGUGGUUCUCAACUAGGACAAUUUUGCCCCAGAGAAGACAUUUGGGAAUGCUUGCAGACAAUUUUGAUUGUUACACUGGGGAAGGUGAUGUUACUGGCAUCUAGUGGAUAGAGGCCAAGGAUGCAGCUAAACAUCCUACUAUGUACAGGACAGCCCCACAUCAAAGAAUUAUCUGACUCCAAAUGUCAAUAGUUCUGAAGUUGAGAAACCCUGAAUUACAUGGUUGUUAGAAAUGCACAUCUCUAAGCAAG